AUGAUUGAUUUAGAUGACCAUCCAAUCGAUAUGGAAUAUUAUGAUUUGUUGGAGAUUCCUGCUACGGCGUCUAGUGCUGUCAUCAAAAAGGCGUAUUAUCUCAAGGCUAUAAAGUGUCAUCCUGAUAAAAACUUGGACAAUCCAUUGGCUGAAGAAAUGUUUAAACAAAUAUCUGAAGCUUAUCAAGUCUUGUCGGAUCCACAGCGUCGUUCAUUUUAUAAUAUUCAUGGAAAGGCUGCUGCAGUGGGUUCUGAAGGAUCUGUGUUUGUCGAUCCAGAACAAUUCUUCAGACAACAGUUUGGUGGUGAUAUGUUUGUUGAUAUCAUUGGUGAAAUAUCCAUUGCUCGGGAUUUUAAAGACGUCAUGGCUGCAAAAGAUCCAUCCAAAUCUAAUGACUUGACCACUGACUCCAACUCUUCUACAAUCAACUCGGGAACAGAAGUGCCAUCUACAGAUGCUACCACUCAAGCCAAACAAGACUCGGCAUUGAUGUACGAACAACGUCGUUUGAUUCGUAAAGAACGUAUUCAGAAACUGUCGCAUAAUCUUGUUGCCAAGCUUUCGCUUUACACUGAUGCCUUGGCAAACGAAUCACUCAACACGUUUCGUGCUUUAUCUACUAUCGAAGCCCAACAACUUGCUUUAGAAAGCUAUGGACCCGAAUUGUUGAGAGCGAUUGGAUUCACCUAUGUUUUAAAAGCUGAUCAGUGGAUUGCCAAAAUUGCUGCAGAGGAUGGGGGUGCUGUGCUAUGGCAUCGAGUAUGGGGACUUGGGUCUCGAGUAAGCGGAGCUAUCAAAGAAAAAACUCACAUUUUAAACGAGACGGUCGGGACGUUUCGUACGGCUCUAGAUCUGCAAAGCAAAUUCACCAAACUUCAAGAAAUGGAUAAAAAACAAAAAAAACAGGAACAAGAACUCCGCACGCAGCUGGAAUAUGAAGCGGCAACAAAGGGACUAGAAGCUUUGUGGAGAGGAUCCAAAUUAGAAGUUGAAUCUGUGCUACGCGAUGUAUGCGACGAUGCUCUCGGAGAUGCACCUGGUGUGUCGACCGAGUUACGUAAACGACGUGCUGAUGCUUUGCGGAUCUUGGGUCAGGUUUAUGAAACCGUUGGUAUUGCUGCUGCUGCCAGUUCCGUGCCCAAUACUUCCACUGGCACAUCUAGCCAACAGCCUCCAUUGCCUCCUCAAAAAUAG